GAAAAUCAGAAGAGGAAGAAGAAAGGAAAAAACAUUAUUGACUCAGGUAAUGUUUUAGGAUGAACACGAACAGUUUCAAAAGGCACAGAUGUUGAGACUCUACACAAACUGUUAUACCUCUGUAUUAGUAUUAAUCGUGUUUUGUGCUGUACAGUGUCCUUGUCAAUUCCAGAUGCAAUUUGCAUUAUUACAAAAACAUGAUAUAAAAAGAUUCACAUAGUUAUACAUACAACAUCACAAUGAUGUCCUGACCUUAUUUCCAAAUUAAUUUUACAUCUCUGUUAGAUUCUGAUGAAGAUCCUUUUCCUCCAGAAAUCAGGUAUGUGAUUUGUUUUUUCAAUUUCAUUCCAUUUCAUACAGUUGUAGUUAAACUCUUUGACCCUAAUAUCAGCCCUGAAUUAAGAGUCAAGGAAAUGAUCACCAACUAUAGAAGCUCUUGAUUAUUAAACAAAUUCUCCUUGUCAGCAGCUUAGAAAAUGCAUAGAGAACAGUAUGGAGAAUAUGCAUACUGAUGUCAAGGUGUAUUCACAACCUGGUUCUCUUUCAUGCAUCUCUGUUUCAGAAAAGCCACAUCAGUAAAGAAGGAGGAGAGUUCAAAAGCUAAGAAAAGUAGAGGAGCAAUCAGCUUGGACUCAGGUAAGGAAAUUAUGUCAACUUAUUGAGGGUACGCAAUACUUUUUAUGUGAAAGGUGAUGUAGAGACUUUAUCUUCAUGGGAAUUGUGAUUUCAUCUUUUUUUUACAUAAAUAUAUUUAAUUUUCAUAGGAUUAACAGUUUUAUUAACAGGUUAGAAAGAGUGAAAAUAUGAAUUUGGUUUAAUUUUUUUCCUUGGUUUUAUUGAUCUUCAAAAUGUGAUCGUCUUGAAUUUCAUGUGAAUGUGAAAACGUUUUGGAUACUUUUCAUUACAAAUAACAUAAAUAAGAUUGCCAAAUAUCUUUACGUGACUGAGUUUGACACAAGGGUUUUUUUUAGCAGACUCUGCUUAUUGAUGGAGUGGGAGGGCUGGAUAGGGAAAUAAUUAUUCAGUGUGAGGUGAGCUUGAGGUACAGUAAGAUGAUGUCAGUUUUUUUAACAUUGCGUGACCUUUAACAUUGCUUAUGUAUUAGCUUGCUAAAGAAAACAAAGCCAUCUGCUUCAUUCAGGGUUCAGCACACUUACCAUUAGACCAUUAUGCCUCAAAUAGAAUUUGAAUAUUUUAGCACUUGAGUUAUAUUUUGAUGCAUUUUCUACAGAUGAGGAAGAAGUUGUGCCCAGCAAAUUAAAAAUGUCCGCAAAACAGGCAAACAAUGUAGCUUCUAAAGAGGUCCAGCAAGUUAAAGAGAGGUAUCUUUCAUCAUUCUCUUUCAUUAUAUUUGACAUUUCAGUACCAAACUAUGGUGUUCAUUUAGAACAUAAGAUAUUGCUCUGGAGAAGCAUCUGGCUUCUUAUAAAAAUAUCCAGCUAAAUUUUGUUUCUCUGUUUGUUUGUUUGUUUUUCUCCUUUCUUCCAUCAGGCAUUGCGAGUGUUAGAUCUGUCAUAGGACACUGCUCUUAAUACUAAUAAAUUUAACCCUUUGACUGCAAAGAAUGACUAGUAACUAAUUUCUCUUUACAAUAUCCCUCCUGAAUCAAACAUUAAUGUGCAUCGAUUGCUUUUUUUUGUUGAAAGUAAGUUAUUUAAAUGGUCUUCUUUCACUGGAGCUUCUUUUCAGGGAAAGAUGAUUUACUAAAACUUACUGUGAAUUGUGUUUGCUUUUCUGGUUUCUCCAAAAUUUUAACUUUUGGAUAGGCAUAGGUUACACACAGGUGUCAAGGUUAAGGGCACAAGAAUAAAGGAAAUGAUCACCAACUAAGCUCUUGUUUGUUAAAUAAAUUCUCCUUGUCAGUACCCUCAGAAACACAUAGAGAACAGUUUAGAGAAUGUGCAUACUGAUAUUAUAAAUGUGUUCAGGGUUGAAAAUGAAAAACAAACAAACCCAAAAAACAACAGCAAAAUAAUUAAGACAGUGUCAUCAAAGGUGAAUUUAAUACAAUGUUGUUGUGGUACUGAAAUAUUUAACACAUGGAUUGUUAUUCUUGCUUCAGUCCAGUCAAAUCUAAAGAGAAAAAAGCAACUUCUGCACUUGAUUUCUUUGGUUCUACUCCAGUUGAAAGGGAAUCCAGGAAAACAUUUGCUAAUAAAAGAAAACAGGUGAAUAACUAACUACACUUUUUCCACCCACAAUUUUUUUUGUAAAGAAAAAUUCAGGCAUCCAGUGUAUUUUUAACAGUAUUUCAUGCAUCAUGCAUUGAAUAGGGAAAACUUCAAACCUCACCAUACCUUGCCUUUCUAUAAAAUUCAUGCAUCACAUGUUCAUUUUUGGGCAUAAUCACACAUCCCUUAUAAAACCCUUUGCCAAUCUGUUAUAGUUAUAUCAGGAUGGUCUACAGUGAACACAUACCAUGUCACAAAAUCAAUGGGUACCAGUAGUGACCAAUUGAGGAAUAGUUUUGGCAGAAACAACACCAUGGGCUGCCUUAAAGGAACAAGUCCUUUCACCUCCAAGAUAUUAAAAUCAAUUCUCUUCACUGUCUGUCACACAAGUGUUAUAAAAAUAUCUUUGAGAAUACGGUGUUCAAUCAAGUGAUAUCCUCUUGUCUGAUGAUUUUCUUUGUUCUCAUCACAUUGCUGCUCAGUUGACUGUGAAUUGGUAUUAUUGCGAGAAAUUACAAAAUUGAUCACUCUUAAGAGUGCAAAUUUUAAGCUUGAUCCAGAGCUUUAAGCCUACAAAAUGACAAAAUGAUCAUCCCUUAAUUCCCUGUUGAACCAUAAAUCAUUUUUUUUGUUUUCAUUUCCCACAGAGAUCUGACCCAAAGUGAUUAGAAAAGAAGAGUAUAAAAAUGGGAGAGAAAAAGAAGGAAGAGAAAAUGGGAAUGUCAGCCGUCACACAACAGAGCAACCAUCAAAGAAAAGAAAGGAAGACUUCUCAGAAUCAAAGUCUGUGGUUAAAAAGCCUUUCCCUGAGAAGAAAAAGGUUUGUAAGCCUUUUGAUUACCAUACUUUAUUGUUGCAAAAUUAAUCAUUACUAAUAAUACUUAAUUGACCUAGCUACCCUGAUACUAGAAUGGAUUGGAUCUGAUAUGAUUGCAUGUGUAAGGUAUGUGUCACUAAUUAAGCACUUGAAUAAGUUACUUUUAGAUGAAACAGUAACAUUUUAUGACUAAAUUUGGCUUUCUUUAAGAUCCAAAAGCUUACUCAAAUUUAUUAACUGGUGUUACAUUUUGUAUAAUUAUGUAAACCUGUCCUACUAUGACACAUUACUAACAAUACUUGCAACAAAACAUUACUUACAAUACCAACACUAUUCAAAAUACUACCAUUACUGUACCUAGAAUUUAUACAAAAACAGUAACAAUAGUGACAAAACUUUUUGGUACAUUCUUGGUGAUGUUAACUUUGACAAUCCAGGGAGAUGCUGCCACUUUGUCUCCAUUUUUCAAAGCAGCAGUGUCUUUCACUAUCAACAUUCCUAUUUGGGACAACUCUUGCCUUGUGAGGACAACUCUUUGCUGUUAGAAUAUUUGAUAUACAUGUAACUUUUAUUCACUUCAAAUUUUAUCCAUGGACAUUUCAGGAAGUACCCAACUCCUGCCAGCAAUCUGGCUGCCAAAGCUGCCACACUUCCAGAAACUCCAUUUAAAGACUCAAAACCAAGUCCAAAGAAAACUGUUACUCUGAAAAAGGAAAAAAAGAUUUUUGUAAGGAAACUCCAACCCAGGGAACACCAGAAGAUGUCAAAAUCAGAGGAAGUGGUUGAAAUUCCACCCUCAUUGGAAAAGAAAAAAUCUGGCUACCAUGGUUUUAUGGCAAGAGAUGGUCCUAGGGCACUUGGUUCAAAGGAAAUCCCUCAGGUAGGUUUCGAAGACCAAGAUCUGAUUGUUAAUUCUCCCCUCUAGCUGCUUCACAUUUUUCUGUAAAUUAAUAAUGAGAGUUUGUUGUUAAAUCGUUAUAACAAACUACAUGUACUUGAUAAGUUUUAGUAUCCUCAUUACUGGAUAAUGUAUGGAUAUUCUCAAGAGAGGUUACAUGUUAAUUUCUUAUGUUAGUCAAAUUAUUAUUAUCUCUCAAAGCUCUUUAUGGUUUGUUUUCCAUCCUUUCAAAUUUUAAUGAGAGAUGCAAGACAAAGGAAAAUGAAGAUUAUUAGAAUUAAGGCUUAUUUGGAAAAUCUGCAGAUACAGUUUAUGCAAAAAAAUUGUAAAAUGCAUGCUUUGAUUAACCCUUUUACUUCUGAGAUGUCAAUAGUAAUUCUCCUUACUGUCUGUCAUACAAUUCUUGUAAUGUUAGUUUGGAGAAUUUGGUCUUGGAUCAACUAAUAAUCCCCUGGCUGAUAUUUGUCGUUAUUCUCAUCACUUGUCUGCAUGAUAUUGUAUUGAUAUUGUAAGGAGAAGUUCUGUCUUGGUCACUCAUGGGAGCUAAAGGGUUAAACAAAAAAAUGUAUUUUAUCCUUUUACUCUCAGUUGAUGUUCAAAUGUUGGUUCGAUGUCAGUAUCUGAGAAACUGCCCACCUACCCCUCCCCUAAUCCAACAUUAACCCUUACUUGUAAGCAGUUGAUGGUUGUUGAGUUAGGGGAGGGGUGGGUGUGCAGAUGCUGACAAUGAUCUGAAAUGUUUAUGGUGUAUCUACAGAGUUUUUUCAUUUUUCACCAUUUAUAACUUUUCAGUUUGGACAGUAUUAAGAGGCCUUCAAGGGAAGAAUUAAUUAUUUGUCUGCAUAUCUUAAAUUAUGCAUGCACUUGAUAAUAUAAUAUUUAGGAAGCGGAAAACUGUUUGAAUGGACUGACAUUUGUUAUUACAGGAAUCUUGGAAAGUAUUGAGAGAGAGGAAGCAGCAGAUCUGAUUCAAAGAUAUGGUGGAAAAGUUGCCCAAUCAGUGAGUAAGAAAGAGUCAAGUUGUUGUGGGACAGGAUCCUGGGGAGAGUAAACUUUCCAAGGUACAUUGUAAUGCACAGCUCAAAAGAGGGAAAAAAAUGUCUGUGAACAUAACCAUAUACACUGCACCUUUUCCCUAAAUUUUUAUAACAAAUCCGUGUGCAGCUUACUGCAAAUACACCUGGGAAACUUGCUGCAAAUUUGCAUAAAUUAACAUGAUUCAUUGAACAGCAAACUAACAAGAACUGAAAAAUUUUCUUUUUGUUGUUGUCUUCUAAAAGUUUUUUUUUUCCAUGAGCAUAAAAUUAUACUGUGGAGUUCAUUAAAUGUUUCUUUGUUAAAAGACCUUUUUAACUGGUUUAAGGUUGUAUUUCCUUCCUUGAAUAGCUAAACAUUACUUGGCGAGAAACCUGUGAUUUCUUUGUUGUUGUUGUUUUUGUUGUUGUUUUUUUUUGUGCAACUGAUCACAUAAUUUGUUAAUCCUCAUUUCCCUUCUUCCAUCUACUUAAUUUACGGUGUCACUCAGUUUGUCUGUCUGUCUGUCUGUCUGUCUGCUCUUUUGUGACCACGACCACAUCAGCUUUUGCUGAAUUUUUUAUCGUGUUUAAAUAAAUGCUGUUGUUGUUGUUGUUGUUGUGUAUGUUCAUUCUUCCAAUGACUGUCUUUCUAUCUGUCACUUAUUCUCCUUGUUCUCCUUGUUCUCCUCUGUCCAGUCACCCACACGUCAGUUUUACCACAACUCUAAAUUCCACCUUUAGGUUCAUCUGUUGGAUCAUUUUACUGUACUUCCACCUGUAGACUUGUUUGUGUUACUUAAAUUGAGUUACAAGAGAGUACAGUUUUUUGGUUUUUUGUUGCUUUAUUUUUUUAAUCUACAUAAGAUUUUGACAGUAAAGGUAAUUUUUUUUGUGCAGAAGAUCCAAGUCUGUUAUCAGUAGACAAAUAUCAGCCUUGGGCAGUGAAGCAGAUUAUUGGUCAGCAUGGUGAUAAGAGCAACAUGAGAAAGCUGAUGAACUGGGCUGAGAGACUGGGAAAAGAAUAGAAAGAAACUAGCCUCUAAAUGUGAGUACACAUUGAUUGUCAAGAUGCUUUUCCCUCAAAUACAUGUACAUGUAACUUCUCUUCAGGCAAGUAUGCAAACGGUUCAGGCAAACUGUCAUAGAAAGCAGAUGAAAAAGUUUGGGUUGUAACCAGAUAGGGGGACCUUUCUGGGGGGGGGGGGAGUAGCAAUUCUCCUAGUCACCUGAUGCUACUGAAAUUAAGUAAGCAUAGGCAAGGUUAGACCUGUGGCUCUUGUGCUGACUUUACCUCUAACCCUUUAUCUCACAUGAGUGACCAAGACAGGAUUUCUCCUUACAAUAUCAAUACAAUAUGAAUCAGACAAGUAAUGCGAAUAUAGAAAAAUAUCAAUCUGGGGAUAAUUAGUUGUUCCAAUACCAAAUUAUCCAAAUCAUAAAAAUUUUAUGGCAGACACUAAGAAGUACUAGUGAGCUGUUUGAAGUAAAAGGGUUCAGUGGAUGAACCUAACCUUAAUCUACAGAUAUUUUACAUAAGACCUUAAAUUGAGUUGUAAUGCAAAUGUCGUCUAGCUGUUGGCUAAAUACCUUUCACAUUGAAUCCAGAUUGUUUCUUAAUUCCCACAUUCAUAGAUACAAUUUUUUAAACAGCUGUAACUUAUGAACUUUUAUGAAUUUAUUUUACUCGACAGUCACUUAUACAUGUAGUUAGUAUGUUAGUAAUGGAAUCACAGUUUUAAACCUUUUUAUUUUGGACAGCUUUCUUUUACAACAAAGACCAAGAUGGGUCGUCCUUUAUGGCAGCUCUUCUGUCCGGUUCCCUAGGAGUUGGAAAAACAACAACAGCU